AUGGUGGAGGAAGGCGCGCGGCGCCGCGUGGUGGUGGAGGUGUGCAACGCGCGGAACCUGAUGCCCAAGGACGGGCAAGGCACAGCCUGCGCAUACGCCGUCGUGGACUUCGACGGCCAGCGCCGCCGCACCGCCACCAGGCCCCGCGACCUCAACCCGCAGUGGGGCGAGCGGCUCGAGUUCCUCGUCCACACCCCGGGCGCCAUGGCCGCCGAGACGCUCGAGCUCAACGUCUACAACGACAAGAAGGCCAUCGCCGCUUCCGGGGGCGGCGGGGGCCGCAAGAGCGGCGGCACCUUCCUCGGCAAGGUCAAGGUGGCCGGGGCCUCCUUCGCCAAGGCGGGGGACGAGACGCUCGUGUACUACCCGCUCGAGAAGCGGUCCGUGUUCUCGCAGAUCAAGGGCGAGAUCGGGCUCAAGGUUUGGUUCGUCGACGAGCCGCCCCCGCCGCCUCCUGCUGCCGCCGCUCCUGCGGCGGACGAGAAGGCCGAUAAUGCCUCCUCGGAUAAGAAGGAGGCGACCGACGACAAGGGCAAAGAUCCCGCUGCCGCCGCUGCUGCUCCUGCGGCCGAGGAGAAGAAACCCGACGCGGCGCCCCCCGCGGAAGAGAAGAAACCAGAGGAGGCCGCCGCCAAACCGGAGGACAAGAAACCCGACAACAACGGCAAGAAGAAGUCCCCGGAGAAGGGGAAGAAGGAGGGCGAGAAGCCGAAAGACGAAGCCAAACCCAAAGACGACAACAAGAAGGACGUAGCAGCAGCGGCAGCGGCAGCGCCCGCUUCCCCGUCCAAGGCCCCGCCGCCCUCCCCAUCCAAGAUGCAGCUGGCCACGGCCGGAGUCGCGGGCGACCUCGAGAUCCGACCCCAGACCGCCGCCGAGCGGAGCAUGGCGGCCUCGGGCGGCGGCAGCGCGUCGUACGACCUGGUGGACCGCGUGCCGUACCUCUUCGUCCGGCUGCUCAAGGCCAAGCACCACCACCAGGACGGCGGUAGCAAGCAGCCGCUGUACGCGCAGCUGUGCAUCGGCGCGCACACGGUGCGGACGGCGUCCGCGGUGGAGUGGGACCAGGUGUUCGCGUUCCACAAGGCCAGCCUCACGGCGUCGUCGCUGGAGGUCACCGUGCACGAGGAGGCCAGGAAGCCGGAGAAGGAGGGGGAGGCCACUCCCGAGGACGCGAACCUCGGCUUCGUGUGCUUUGAUCUGCAGGAGGUGCCCAAGCGGUCGCCGCCCGACAGCGCGCUCGCGCCGCAGUGGUACACGCUCGAGGGGCACGCGGCCGAGGAUGGCGCGGCGGCCUGCGACGUGAUGCUCGCCGUGUGGGUCGGCACGCAGGUGGACGAGGCGUUCCAGGAGGCGUGGCAGUCGGACUCCGGCGGGAACCUGGUGCACACCCGCUCCAAGGCGUACCUGUCCCCGAAGCUCUGGUACCUCCGCCUCAGCGUCAUCCAGGCGCAGGACCUGCGCUUGCCGGCCCCGCCGGAUGGCAAGGCGAAGCAGUUCGGGCCGGCCUUCCCGGAGCUGUACGUCAAGGCGCAGCUCGGGGCCCAGGUGUUCAAGACCGGCCGCAUUGCGCUCGGUAGCGCGGCGGCCGGGGCGUCCAACCCGAGCUGGAACGAGGAUCUGCUGUUCGUUGCCGCCGAGCCGUUCGAUCCUUUUUUGACAGUGGCCGUGGAGGACGUCUUCUCCGGGCACCUCGUCGGCCAGGCGCGCGUGCCGCUGUCCUCGGUGCACCGGCGCUCCGACGACCGUGCCGAGCCGCCGUCGCGGUGGCUCAACCUGUGCGGCGACGAGGCUCGGCCGUAUGCCGGGCGAGUGCACGUGCGCGUCUGCCUGGAGGGCGGGUACCACGUGCUGGACGAGGCGGCGAACGUGGCGAGCGACGUGCGCGCGGCGUCGAAGCAGCUGUCCAAGCCUCCGGUGGGCAUGCUGGAGGUCGGCAUCCGCGGCGCGUCCAACCUGGUGCCGAUGAAGAUCGCCAAGGACGGCGCGAGCGGCUCGACGGACGCGUACGUCGUGCUCAAGUACGGGCCCAAGUGGGCGCGCACGCGCACCAUCCUGGACCAGUUCAACCCGCGGUGGAACGAGCAGUACGCGUGGGACGUGUUCGACCCCUGCACCGUGCUCUCCAUCGCCGUCUUCGACAACGUCCGCUACAAGGUCGCCGACGACGGGAAGCUGCCCAAGGACGCCCGCAUCGGGAAGCUGCGCAUCCGCCUCUCCACGCUCGACACCAACCGGGUGUACGUCAUCAACUACUCGCUCACGGCGGUGCACCCCGUCGGCGUGCGCAAGAUGGGCGAGCUGGAGCUGGCCAUCCGGUUCACCUGCCCGUCGUGGCUGACGCUGAUGCAGGCGUACGGGAGCCCGCUGCUGCCGCGGAUGCACUACGUGAAGCCGCUCGGCCCGGCGCAGCAGGACGUGCUGCGCCACACGGCCAUGCGCAUCGUGUCGGGCCGGCUGGCGCGGUCGGAGCCGCCGCUGGGGCCGGAGGUGGUGCAGUACCUGCUCGACACGGACACGCACACCUGGAGCAUGCGCCGGAGCAAGGCCAACUGGUUCCGCGUCGUCGGCUGCCUGUCGCACGUCGCCACGGCGGUGAAGUGGGCGCACCGGGUGCGCACCUGGGAGCACUCGCCGACCACCGUGCUCGUGCACAUGCUGCUCGUCGCCAUCGUGCUCUGCCCGGAGAUGAUCCUGCCCACCGUCUGCCUCUACCUCUUCCUGGUCCUGCUCUGGCGCUACCGCUCGCGGCCGCGCGAGCCGACGGGCAUGGACCCGCGCCUCUCCCACGUCGACAGCGUCAGCCCCGACGAGCUGGACGAGGAGUUCGACGGGCUCCCCUCGGGGCGCCCCGCCGACGUGGUGCGCAUGAGGUACGACCGGCUGCGCGCGGUGGCCGGGCGCGCGCAGACGCUCCUGGGCGACGUGGCGGCGCAGGGGGAGCGCAUCGAGGCGCUGCUGUCCUGGCGCGACCCACGCGCGACGGGGGUGUUCGCCGUGGUUAUCCUGCUGACGGCGCUGGUGCUGUACGCCGUGCCGUUCAAGGUGCUGCUGCUGGGCAUGGGGUUCUUCUACCUCCGGCACCCCAGGUUCCGCGGCGACAUGCCGUCCGCCGGCUUCAACUUCUUCCGCCGCCUGCCGUCGCUGUCGGACCGGGUUCUCUAGUUGGAUCGAGCCGGAUCGAUCAAUCAACCCACGCCAACGUUUUUUUCUUUCUUGCUGUUCAGUUAGUGAUGAUGUGUUGGCGUGUGCGAUCCUGCUUAUUAGUAGGAUCGUUUGAUUAUUUGUUUGCACGCAUAAAGCCUCGCCUGACGAGGCUUAGUGAUGCUAAUCUCAAUAAUAAA